AUGCGGGUCCCUGCUCCCGGUGCCGGUGCGGGCGCUGCCGCCGCUGCCGGGGAGGCGGGCGGGAGGCGGGCCGGUGACUCAUGGCUUCCCAACGGCGGCGGCUCCUCCCCGCGGCCGCCGGCCCCGCGCAGCCCCCGGCACAUGGGCCGCGGCUCCGGCAGCGCGGAGCUGGCCAUGGCCGCAGCGCCCGCCCGCUGCCCCGACUGCCCGGGGCCGGAGCGGGGGGGCGGCGGCGGGACCCCCGCCGUGCCGCACCUCGGCAUUGCGGUGGACGAGGGGGACGUGCUGCCCGGGGCGCUGCGGAUCGUGCGGCGGCUGAGACCCGCCUGGGAGCCGGCCACGGUGAAGACCAAGCUCUUCACUGAUGGCAUCACCAACAAGCUGGUGGCCUGCUACACGGACGAGGGCAUGGCGGACGCGCUGCUGGUGCGGGUGUACGGCAGGAAAACCGAGCUGCUGGUGGACAGGGAGACGGAGCUGAGGAAUUUCCAGGUGCUCCGAGCCCACGGCUGCGCCCCCGACCUCUACUGCGCCUUCCAGAACGGGCUCUGCUACCAAUUCCUGCCGGGAAUCGCGCUGGGUCCCGACCACGUGAGGGAUCCCCACAUCUUCAGGCUGGUGGCCCGGGAGAUGGCCCGAGUCCACGCCAUCCACGCCAACGGGAGCCUCCCCAGGCCCAUCCUGUGGCAGAAGCUGCACAAAUACCUCAGCCUGGUGAAGACGGAGCUCAGCCCAAAGGUAUCCGACCCCAGCCUCCCGCAGGACGUGCCCAGCCCCGAGGCGCUGGAGCAGGAGCUGGCCUGGAUGAAGGAGACGCUGUCGCAGCUGGGGUCCCCCGUGGUGCUGUGCCACAACGACCUCCUGUGCAAGAACAUCAUCUACGACAGGACGCGAGAGUGCGUGCGCUUCAUCGACUACGAGUACACGGGGUACAACUACCAGGCCUUCGACAUCGGGAACCACUUCAACGAGUUCGCAGGUGUGAAGGAGGUGGAUUAUGGCCUCUACCCCAGCAAGGAGACGCAGCUGCAGUGGCUGCACUCCUACCUGCAGGCCUACAAGGAGCUCACCCAGGGCCACCCAGGUGACAGCCAGGUGUCCCAGGAGGAGCUGGAGACGCUCUACGUGCAAGUGAACAAGUUCUCCCUGGCCUCCCAUUUCCUCUGGGCCUGCUGGGGCCUGAUCCAGGAUAAAUAUUCCACCAUAGACUUUAAUUUCUUACGAUAUGCAAAGUUAAGGUUUAAACAAUACUUCAAGAUGAAGCCGGUGGUCACAGCCCUGCAGGUCCCCAAGUAGGGGCCACCCCGAGCUCUUCUGUCCUGGCCGUGUCCUCGCACCGCCCUGGCCCCCUGCCCAGUCCUGCCGGUGCCAAGGGGGACAAGAGGAGCUCUGCCCCGGCCACCACCGCUCCCAGGAGAGCCUGGCCACCCCCAAGACUGGACCAUGAGAUGCUGGAGAGGACCAGGGCCCCGGCGAGGCCCCAGCCCACGCCAGGAAGCCUCACCACCGCCUUAAGGCCGAGCCCCGCUCGGCCCCGGUGCCCGGCACGUCCGUGCCCCGCUGGCACCGCUGCUGCUGCCGGGCCUGGCACCGCCCCUGCGCUGUCCCCGAGGGGGACACGGGGUCACCCCGGCCACUCAGAGCCCCCAGAGCUGCCCGGUCACUUUGGCUGCCCCACUGUCCCCUCCUGCCCUGCUGGGUGCCACCGGGGUGCCACCCCCAAGGCAGCGCCGUCCCUGCUGGCCCCAGGCACGAGACCCUUGUCCCUGAGGGGUGGCAGCUGCGGGCAAAGGGACAGGGCCAGCCGUGAGCCACUGGCACCAGUGGGGUGCUGCUGGUGGGCACGGCGUGCCCGCCCCACCCCGUGCUGUGCCCAGCUCUGCGUGUCCCCACAGCUGCCCCUGCCUGUCCCCACUGUCCCCUUGGCUUGGUGGCUUCCCCCCCGCGGAGCAGCUCCCCAGCUCUGCCCCCAGGGGACAUCCAGGGGCGUCUGUCCUGCCUGUCCCCACCCCUGUCCUCCUCCCUUGGUCGUGUCCCCACCCCUGGCAGGAGGUGGCACGGAGCUGCCCCGCUCCAGGACUGGGCACAGCGUCACCCCCACCUGUGCCACCCGGGCUGUGGGGACACGGUGACUGUCCCUCCUCUGGGCACAGGGACCUCCUGUGCCACCCUGGCUGUGGGGACACGGUGACUGUCCCUUCUCUGGGCACAGGGACCUUCCCUAGAGCCCUGUGCCACCUCAGCUGUGGGGACAAGGUGACUGUCCCUUCUCCAGGCUCAGGGAUGUCCCCCAGAGCCCCAUGUCCCCUCCUGGGCUGUGGGGACACGGUGACUGUCCCUCCUCUGGGCACAGGGACCUCCUGUGCCACCCUGGCUGCGGGGACACGGUGACUGUCCCUUCUCUGGGCACACCCGUGGUUGUUUUGUGGGAAAUAAAAGCUGCUGGUAGCUGGAA